CUUUUAUUCCCCUAAUAUCUACUUUCCCAUCAUCCCUGCGAGCUCUUCCCCCGGAAGUCUGCAAUAGAUGGACGCAGAGACCUGCCUAUUGCAAUUUGCAAGCCAGCAACAAACACAACUCUCAGCUCCUAUAGACUUCCCCCCUCCCCUCUAGGGCAACGUCUUAUUUGGAUCCACUGAUCCACCAUCAUUGGGUGUGGGCAAUCGGCAGCAGGGCAACGUCAUAUAAAAAGGUAAAAAGGUAGGGUUGAGAUCGGCCGUCGUGAAGCUCUUUGGCUUCGAAUUUCUCCGUCAUGAAGCCCACUCGAUAAUCGCCUUCUUCUCGGCGUCCGGAAGCUCUUUGGCUUCUAGGUAAGACUUUACCCGCGUUUGGAGAAUAUGAUUGAGGAUGGCCUUCAAGCUCAAUCUGAAGCUCCUUUCAUGGCUGUUUCUUCCCGCAUUCAUGCUCAUCGUCCUCUACGCAGCAUUUAUUCCUCUUCGCGCUCCCUCCAUACAAUAUUCAUAUCCUGACCUUCCUGUUCCGUGUAAUCCAUUCCACGGAAAAUGGGUGCUCGAUCCGACCCGGAAACCCAUGUACGAUGAGAGGUGCCCGUUCCACCGGAACGCAUGGAAUUGCCUCAGAAACCAGAGAGAGAACAUGGUUCGGAUCAAUUCCUGGAAGUGGGUGCCUGAAGGUUGUGAUUUGCCUCGGAUUGACCCUGCUGGUUUCUUGAGUCGGAUGAGGAAUCGGAACAUAGGGUUUGUAGGGGACUCGUUGAACGAGAAUUUUUUGGUUUCUUUUCUAUGCAUAUUGAGAACAAGUGAUGAGGGUGCCAGGAAGUGGAAGAGGAAAGGGGCUUGGAGAGGGGCAUAUUUCCCCAAAUUUAAUGUCACCAUCGGCUACCACCGAGCUGUAUUGCUGGCAAAAUAUGGUUGGAAGGCGAAGGAGGUCGCUUCUUUUACUGAAGAUGGAAGGAAGAAGGGAGCUCGUCGAGUAGAUGUUGAUAUUCCUGCAGAUGAUUGGGCACACAUUUCUGGUUUUUAUGAUGUGCUUGUGUUUAAUACGGGCCACUGGUGGGCCUAUGAAAAAUUUCCAAAAGAGGCCCCUCUUGCAUUUUACAAGGCAGGUCAGCCUAUACAUCCUCCCUUGGAAUUGUUUGAUGGGUUUAAGGUUGUUCUAGAAAACAUGAUUGCUUAUAUAGAACAACAUUUCCCAAAGCAACUUAAGUUUUGGCGUUUGCAAUCUCCAAGGCAUUUCUAUGGAGGCGAUUGGAAUCAAAACGGCAGUUGUGUGUUCAGUGAGCCACUUGAACAAUCUCAGCUGGACUUAUGGUUUGAUCCCAGAAAUGAGGGAGUGAACAAGGAUGCCAGAGAGUUUAAUGGUGUUAUCAAGGAGGCAAUAGAAAGAGGGUCAACAAGUAUAAGAAUACUUGAUGUGACAUCCUUGAGUGAGUUCCGGGCAGAUGCACAUCCCGCGAUUUGGUUGGGAAAGAAGGACGCGGUGGCUGUUUGGGGUCAGGACUGUAUGCACUGGUGCCUACCUGGUCUUCCUGACACGUGGGUUGAUAUAUUGGCACAUCAAAUUCUUUCAUCAUUAAAGAGCAUGGAGACUGGUUGAUGAUUGCUCAAUCCAAACAAGGUUGCUGUUUCAAAGGUGGUAGAAGUCUCGUUUGAAGAAACCUGUCAUUUCUUUUUCUUCUACUAUUACAGUGUAUUUCUGUCAUCACUUUGGGUGCGUUAGGAACCCAGAUAAUGCCAGUGGAAAGAAAAUGAGGAGGAAGAUGAAGAGGAAGUUUGGAAUUAAAGAAAAAAUGGGAAAAGAUAAAACAAUUGGUUUGAACUCAACAUAUCUAUAUUUUAGGGGUUAGUUCAAUGUCAAAUGCAGUUUAUUCGUAUAAAAAGACCAGGACCGGAUGUCCGGUUCCGGGCUUUUAGCCCGUGUGGGCGGGCCUGGCGGGCUGGGCUCGGGCCCUAUUUUUGUUGAACCGACCCGGGCGGUUUGGGUCGGGCCCGGUUAAUUUUUUAUUGGGCUUUUCAGUUUUUUUCUCUUUUCCUAGGGUAGGACUGGGUGUUUUGGGGAGGUUUGUGGGGGGGGGGGGGGGGGGGGGGUCGCAGGUUAAUUAGAAAGGAAAAAAAAAUUACAUUGACUCGGGCCCGGCCCGGUUAGGCCUGGACCCGGGCCGGUUCCGGGCCCUACAAUCUGGAAAAAAGCCCGCACGGAACCGGCCCAGCCCGGGUCCAUCCCUAGUAACACGGUAGAGUAUUCUUUUCUUAUCACUUUAUAUCUGUUAUUUAUAUUUUUAGUGUUACUAAAAUAUACAUGAAGUUUUAUCGUACAACAGGCUAUGAAGUAUGAAAUGAGAUUUAAGAACACGUUAUUUGUUAUGUAAUGAAUCCCAACGUGUUAAUAUUCUUGCCACAUGGAUGUUUUUUUGUCAUUAUUACAAAAUAGUGUUCGU